AGCUAUGACGAAGAGGAUUCUCGUGUAUUAGUUAUUGCUGCGAAAAACCAAAAUGAUGAAUAUUCCCGGUGGCUUGGUUAAUAAACUCCUGCACCAUUUGAUAUCUGACAAGAGUAUUAAAUGCCUGCUGUGUCGUUCCGUGCAAAAUUCAUCGAUUUAUGAUGUCAACAAGCCUUCAGAAGAUUCUCAAGGAAAAGAUCCAAAACUUCAGCAGGCCAAGCGUUCCAUUAUUGGAUUGACUGCACCACUAUUGGGAUUUGCUCUCGGUGCAUGGCAAUUACAACGCUUGCAGUGGAAAACAAAUUUAUUGAAGAAAAUAGAAGACAGAAUGAAGCAAGAAGUUAUGCCAUUUCCAGAUGAUAACUUGUCGUUAUUGGACGAUCUCGAAUAUGCAAAGGUGAAAGUGACGGGCGAAUUUCUUCAUGAUCAUGAAUUUUAUAUACAACCAAGGCAGCGCUUUGAUAAAGGUCAGGAUAAUAAGUCGAAAGAUCGACCUCCAGUGAACAAUUUUGGCAGCCCUGGUGCACAAGUUAUCACUCCGUUUAAGCUUCACCCAUCGGGGCACGUUAUUCUGGUCAAUCGCGGGUGGGUCUCUCCACAAAAAAUCACUCCUCAAAGUCGAAUGGAGGGGCAAGUGCAAGGACAGGUCACCUUUGAUGCAGUAGUUCGUCAUACCGAAAAAAGACCCUCUUUUAUCCGAAGAAAUGUUCCUGAAAAAGACCUUUGGUUUUAUACGGAUAUUACACAAAUGGCAGAGAAAUACGGCACGCUACCAAUUCUUGUUGAUGCAUGUUAUGAAUCAAGUAUUCAAGGUGGUCCAAUCGGAGGUCAGACAAGAGUAAACCAUAGAAACGAUCACAUGAUGUAUGCGUGUUUCUGGUUCUCCAUUGGCGCGGCGACUUUGUUUGGAUGGCUUCUUUAAAAGUUGUUUUGGUUUGAAUCUUGAAACACCGAUCGAAGUGCAAAUACAGUGGAAAUUUCUAUAGGCCUUCUUUUUUUUUGUCAAAUAAAAUUCUUGAAUCGUUCUUAUUUUCGAUCGUUGUUUUUUGCCUCUUCUUAUAUUAUGAAUUUUAAUUAAUGAGUUAACUAGUAGUCCUCAGUCCUAGCUUCUUUUGCAAAUGUUUGAUAAAGGAUGGUUGCU